AGUAGAUUGGCUAUUGGCAAAAUUGGGAUGCUUAUUGUUUGAAUUAUCCUGAUUAUUAGGAUUAUUAUUUUUAUUAUUGCUGCUAUAUUAUUCAAAAUAAUAGACGUCUGUAAAAGUAUUUCUAAUGUACAAGUUCAUCAUUUAAGCUCUCGUAAACAAACACUCACUUCACUUAAAAUACAAUUCAUAGUAGGGAGAUAUAGUCUUUUAGAUAUUCUCUAUUCGGAGUAUUGUUGAAACAUCGUUGCACGAGCAUUCACACACGUAUCUAUAAUCGUCAUUUGUUUAAAUGAAUUGCUUCCUCCACUGGUUUUGGUUUUCGAAUUUUGUCUUCUGGAGUGAUGAAAAAUAAUACUAACUAUACGAAGCAAGCGAAGUCCCAGUCCACCUUUGAAACUGAUAUUCCCCAAUUAUUUUCAUAACUUUUCUUAAAUAUGCCGAAUUGUUACACUUCCAAUAAACAUGACAGAUGGGACAUCAGGAACAUAGAUUGCCUUUUUACUGUACACAUUCAAGUAGAAUAGAAAAAUCCACAUAAACCACUUCAUACUUAAAGCUAAACACCAUAUCGAUUAAAUUGUGCUUAGCAUUACAAAAAGCAAAGAAAUUAUAAAUUAUGUUCAACACUCAAUGGACAUACAUAACUUUGGACAAUAAUAAGUGUAUUUGCAAUAAUCAACCAGUGUAACUAUAUAUUGUUGACUUAUAACUAUUUAUCUUACAAAUCUGAUACAUCCAUCUAACAUUUGGAUCUACUAUUCAGCCUCUAAAACGGCCAGCAUCUCAAUGCUUGGUCGUUUGAUGUGGCGAUGACCCGAGGAGAUCAUCGUAGAUCUGGAGGACACGAUCAUCGUCACCACACAGCAGGACACUUACAUUCCUCGGAUUCACAUCCUCGCACAUUUAGCGGAGGUACAACACACAGUGAAGUUGGAGAAGGUGGAGUGGGCGGUCUAGUAGGCGAAAGUCACGGUGUUCAUUCAUUUGGAGGUCACGAUCAAGGUGGAGUAAUGGAUGCCACAUUUAUUUGGAAAUUGACUAAACUUGGAAGAAUUGGGUCAUCCAGACUUCGGUUUGAUGAUGAUUUUGCCGAUAGGCUCAAUUAUCAGUAUACUGGUGUACUAAUGUUCCUAUUUAUCGGUCUUAUUGGAAUUCGUCAAUAUGUUGGCAAACCGAUUCAAUGUUGGAUACCCCAGGAAUUUACACGAGGUUGGGAAGAAUAUGCUGAGAAUUAUUGUUGGGUUUCUAACACUUAUUUUGCACCACUGCAACACAGUUUACCCCCCGCACCAGACAGAGAAAUGUUACUUAUCGGAUAUUACCAAUGGGCACCUAUUGUAAUGGCUAUACAAGCCAUGCUGUUUUAUUUACCCUGUUUGAUUUGGAGGUUAUUUAUGGCACAGUCAGGAUUCAAUGUAAGGCGGAUCCUACAAAUGGCCUGUGAUUCUAAUGUUCUUUUGCCUGAACAUACAAUGAAGAAUGUAAGAUUUAUUGCUCGAUACAUGGAGGGUUGUAUUUACAGACAAAGAGAUUACCGUAAGAGAAAAUUGUCAACAGUUUUAGGAUUUUCUCCUACAAGUUACACAGGACUUGGUCAGUCACCUCAUGUACACGUACAUCAGCAUUAUUCAUCUGCUUAUUCUCAUCAACACCCUCAUUCACAUCACCAUCAUCCUCCUCCACCGCCACCACCUCCCCCACCCCAUUCUCAUGCUCAGUCGCCACCAUAUAUGCCUACAGGUCACUUCCAUCAAUUGAGUACAGUGAAUCCACGGCAAUCACCUAUUGGCGGUGAUGAAAACAGACAUAGUAAUGAUCAUCAAAUGGAGUCCACACUGAUCACAACACAACGUAGAGGUUCAAGUGCAUCUUUGCUGGAUAAAAUAAGACAUAGUUUUUCCAUGGAUGAUAAUGGUAAAAAGAACAAGAAACACUUGCCAUCUGUAACAGAAGAAGAAGUUGCCGCAGCAGCUGCUGCUUUGGAAACAAUGAAUUCAAGAGGUGGUGGAGAUUUUCAUCCAAUGCUUGGGCGAUUAAAAAUCGAUGACAGCCAUGGACAACAGAAUAUGCCGACUAGUGCUACAACUGGUUCAUUUCGUUCUACAACAAGAUCUCCUGCCUAUAAGCCACAAGAAAAACCGCUCAGUUUACACAAAGGUCACUUCCGUCAUUGUUGUUCAUGCUGUUGCGGUAAACGUCAGGGAAAUUUUUUAAUCGUAUUAUAUUUUUUCACUAAAUUCUUAUAUCUAACAAAUAUAAUUGGACAGUUAUUUAUGAUGGAAAAAUUUGUUGGCAAUGAACACACCUUUUACGGCUUUCGCGUGUUAUACGACUUGCUUAAAGGACGUGAAUGGUUCCAUUCGGGCAAUUUUCCACGUGUCACAUUCUGUGAUUUUGAGGCGAAAAAACUGGGAAAAAAUCACAAAUACACACUACAGUGCGUACUUCCCCUGAAUAUGUUUCUGGAGAAAAUUUAUAUCUUUCUGUGGUUCUGGCACUGUAUGGUUGGUGUUGUCACGUUGGGCAGCUUUAUUAUCUGGUUUUAUCGUAUGGGAUCAUCGAAGUGUCGCAUUAAAUUUAUAAGGAAGUAUUUGAAAAUUAUGUCUGUCAUGAGAGACACAGAUAAAGCAGCGACAAGCAAGUUUGUUGAAAAUUAUUUACGGGCCGACGGUGUUUUUCUCAUUCGUUUGAUAUCAAUUAAUGUUGGAGAUUUAAUGGCUGGUGACUUAACUUGUGAACUGUGGCAUAUAUAUCGACACAAACGUCUACACGAGACAAUGGAAGAUCAGAAAUACCUUGAUGCGUUCAGUAGCGCUCCUGGAGACUACAUGAUCAAUAACAACAACAAUAAUGGUUCAAGUUAUAUUGGUGAUGCAAACGAUUUGAUAGUAGGUGCUACAGCACCUGUAAGAUAUCCAAACAAAAAUCACUCACCGUCUGCACCUUCUGCACAGAAUGCAACAAUUAAUACACCACCAACCUCUGUUUUACCCCAGCAAACAUAAACAAUACAGCUAACCACAGUUCAAGCAAUAAUGAUGACAGUAUUGUUUGAGUGCAUCGGUUAGUUUUCUCACGUUUACCCUUAGCUACUCACAAUAUCCUUCAAAAUUUAUAUGCACACUGGCAUUUGUCACUUUAUAUAUAUAUAUGUUUAUAUGCAUAUAUAUAUUAUAUACUUGGAGCAUUUUUAAACCAUUUAUCAGUUGAUCAAGAAAUAUAUAUUUACAUGUUUUCAAAUCGAGUCAUCAAACUCGUGCAUUUCCAUGUUGAAUUCUUAUAUAUAUACCUAUGUGUCUACUCAUAUACAUAUAUAUAUAUAUUUGUAGAUAUAAAUAAACCUGAUAUAAGAUAGGGUGUGAUUUUAUAAAUUUGUUUCCUUAUUUAUUCAACCGUUUUUACUUCAAAAGGAAAUAAUUUAGUCAAAUAAAUGAAUAUAAAGAAAAUGGCUGUGUUGACAUAUUACUGAAAGAAACUAGACUAUUUGCACCUCUCACCUGUAACAUAUCUACACAUUCAGCAAAGGAUUUGUUUGAUAAAUUAUUUGCUAAUUACUUUGUGUGAUGCAGUAAUUUACAUGCUGACUUCUUCUUACGGCAUAACACUUCUUAAAUGUGUAGAUUAUGCGUAGAAGUCUGCUGGUUAUUUGUUUGUUUGAUGACUUCAAUGCAUGAGUUUCAAUCGGAUUAGUUGAUUUUUACAAUUGUUUGAACAAAAUACCAGACAACAUUCUUCUGUCUUUUGGAUUUCAUUUCUGUUCUCUGUUACAUUUUCUCUUCUUCGCAUACAUUUUUUUCUUUUCGUCUCUUGUAUAUUUUGUAGUGCAUACACUAGUCUCAACAAAAUUGUUAUUGUACUAACCUUGAUUUGACUUCACAAAAUAAUUUGAAACAAUUUGUGAUUCACAAUGAUUCACGUACACCACAUACAAAGGUAUAGGUGCUCUCAUUUUCACCAAUAGCAGUAAGUGACUGAGAAAAGCACUAAAUUCUUUUUAUUAUACAUAUAUAGGAACCUUCUUCAUUUGAUUAUUUAUAAUCAAUGUAAUGCAAUUAUUAUUUUUAACUGAAUUUCUAGUAGUAAAUAAUUUGAGUAAACAUAUUUAUGCAUUGAUCACUCAUAAUGCCUACUGGACUGAUUAUGUGCUUUUUUUGUUUUUCUUUGUGUGUAUGUGUGUGUACGUGCAUUUGAUCAUUUACCUAUUAAAAGCGGAACAAACACCAUCACAAACACAGUUAUAAAGCAAAGAGAGUAGAUUUAUUCGAUUAAUGAAAUUAACUCAUUCCUCUUUCUUUUCUUUUGUUGUUGUAGUUAUUUUCAACACUGUGAGCCAACAGUUUCGUGUAUUCUGAUUCUGUUUUCAUAAUCAUUUAAAUCAUUUAUAUUUCCCUUAAGUGCAGCAAUAUGAAUAUAUAUAUAUAUAUAUAUAUAUAUGUAAUAGCUUCCUGUGAAGAAUCAAAAAUCCUACCUUCACAUGCAAUUCCAAAUCACUGCAUUAUUAACAAUUAUCAAACUUCGGGGAAAAAUAAUGAAAUGAACCCUGUCUAAACAAGCUCCUGUAUGCGUGGUGCAUUUUCAUACUAAUCAGCAGACCUAUACGAAGAUGCCAUCUACACAAAUAAAUAUACUAACAAAGUGUUCAUUUUUGUGUAUAAAGCUUUUUCUAUAAGCAGUUCAUCUGUAUUUAAAAAGAAUAUUGAUAAGAAGAAGAGUAACUGGUCAGCUUAAUUUCCCUCGUCAAGAUUUUUUCCAAAAACAACCAUCUUCUCUGUAGGUUUCUCUUCUUAUCGAUUCCCAAUGGUCUCGUAAACCAAAGAGUUCUUCAGAACAACAGAGGAUAAUUAUACCGCAAGCAUUAAUAAUAAACAGUUCUCUUUCAUUGUUUCCAUUCUCUUCGUAAAUACAACAUCUAUGCUUACAUAUAUAUAUAUAUAUAUAUA